AUGGCGGAGCACAUACCCGAAGACAUGAUGGUUAAAAUCCUGCAGCGGUUGCCGAUCAAAUCCUUAAUCCGCUUCACCUGCGUUUCGAAGCGGUGGCGUUUCAUCAUAUUGUCCGACCACCAAUUCGCCAAAUCCCAGUUCCAAAUAACUUCUGAACAGACUCGAACCAGACUCCUCCUCUCCACCGCCUCUCAAUCUGAAUACGAAUCCCUAGACAUGGAGAGUUUUUCAGUUACAAAGCUGACCUGCCCAUUCAAGCAACCCGACGACGUCGUCCGCAUACUCUCCUCCUGCAAUGGUCUGCGUCUACGUUAUUUUGGUUUUGGACAUUUGUCGGCCACUGACGACUACAAAGUUAUUGCCAAAAUCGAGAAGAAACAGCAGGCCGAGAUAUUCUCAUCGAGAGCGAACACUUGGAAAACGAUCCAAGUCCCUUCCGAUGUGGAGCCCUUCAGCGAGGGGUUUCUUUUCAAUGAGGCACUUCAUUGGAUCAGUAUUAAGAACUUUCCUAAUUAUAGCAUUGAUGUCGUUGCUUUCGAUUUGGCAAAGGAAGAGUUCCGAAAAAUUCCUCUGCCUACUACUCUUAAAAAUGCAGCGGCGCUUUCUUCUUUUAGAGGAUGCUUGUGUGUCUUUGAUUAUGCGUACAACACUGCUGGCUCUAUUUAUUUGUGGGUCAUGAGAGAAUAUAACAUGGCUGACGCGUGGACUAAGCUCUUCAACAUAAAGAUUCCCAUUCCGCCUGAGAAUGCAGUUCAUAUUUUGAGGCCAAUCUUGGUUACAGAAACUAGUACAUUUCUGCGAUUAGACAUGAUGAUUAAUGCGGCGAUAGAAUCAAAGUUGGUAAGGAGUGUUCAUCACCAGGAAGAGAAGCUUGAGACAUAUAUGGUUAGUAGUGGCGGAUUACGUAUCAGGGACAUGAUUAUAUUUAAAGAGAGUCUACUUUGGCUUUACUAA